AUGGGUCAUGGAAAUUGUUAUAAAUACAAUCCUUGCUCCUAAACUCAACUCGACUCGAGUCAUCUUUCUGCAAGUCUCUUACGCUGCUUAAAAUUUCGAUUAUUGUUUCGAGUUCUUGGUUGUUCGGACUUUAAUUCCAAUUAACAUGGGGCUAUCAUGUUCAUGCCCAUUUUCCGCUUAUAAUGACUUGGAAGCUGUCAUUGUGAACUCACUUAACUUUGGGAACGAUGAAGAGAAAACUCCGGCUCGAUCUGUCAGCUUCAAGGGCCAAGAUCCUGAACUCACAAUAUCACGAUCUAUUGGUUCGGGGAAAAUGUUGCUGGAAGUAUCUGUUAGCUUUCGAAAAAGGGAGCACAACUUAUUGGGUAUGCAAGCAGAAGGUCAAUCAGGUCGUAUGAAGGACAAUGAGACUGUUAAUGAAUCGUGUGGAACAGAUCGCACCGCGGAUCAAUUAGCUGAUUCUGCAGUUCUUGUUGAGCAGAGUUGGAAGAACCUGUUAGAUCUUGUAGAACUCAAUUACAAUUCAGUGUCAUUCUUCGAUCUUUUAAAGAAAGAGAGUGCAAUUUCCCGCUGGUCGAGAGCAGGAAAGAGAGCUGCCAUGGUUGGGAAAGGCUUAUCCAAGAAUGAGAAAGGUCAGAAACUCGUUUUAGAACAUUGGCUUGAGGCAUUUGAUGUGCAACAUCGUUAUGGACACAAUCUUCGAUUAUACUUCAUCAACUGGUUUCAUUCUUCAACGCUGGAACCCUUCUACUACUGGUUGGAUAGAGGCGAAGGGAAGAAUCUAAAUCUUGUCGAAAAAUGUCCAAGAUCAAAACUUGAGAAGCAGUGCAUCAAAUAUCUUGAUCCUAUGGAAAGGAAGGCUUAUGAAGUUAUAGUGGAAGAGGGGAUGCUAGUCUACAAGCAGAGUCGAGAAAUCCUUGACACCACCGGAGAACCCCAGGGCGUCAAAUGGAUAUUUGUACUCAGCACCUCCAAGGCAUUUUUCAUUGGCCCGAAAAGAAAAGGCGUAUUUCAUCACUCUAGUUUCUUGGCUGGUGGAGCCACAUCCGCUGCAGGGAGGAUAGUCGUUGAAAAGGGUGUAAUUAAGGCAAUAGUCUUCGUUCUCGUUUAUACACCUUUUCUUACAAUUAUACACAGCGCUUCACGGUCAAAUAAAUGUUCGAAUUUUGUAUUUUGACAGGCAGUCUCGCCUCACAGCGGCCAUUAUCGACCAACUGAAGAAAAUUUCCAGGACUUCCUAUCUUAUCUCAUGGAGAACAAUGUGAAUGUUACAGAAAUCAAGAAAUCGGUGGAUGAAGAAGCACUUGGGCAAAAGGAUCGUCUUCUGUUGAGAAAUAACUCAUUUGAUAACUUUCCCGAUGAUAUAUUAGUGAUACAAGAUGCUAACAUUGAAGAGUC